AUGAGUUUAAAAAUAAAUAAAACGGUAUUGAUCACUGGUGCAUCAGGUGUCUUAGGUCGGCAAGUAACAAAUCGUUUUCUUGACGCCGGUUGGAAUGUUACAGGUCUUGCCUAUAGUCGAGCAAAUAAAAACCAUUUAAUUCGUUGCGAUUUAACAAACUUUGAAGAAACAAAUAAGGUCAUUCAUGAUGUACAGCCUGAUGUUAUUGUUCACUGUGCUGCUGAACGUAAACCUGAUCAAUUUGAAAAAGAUCCGAAACGAUCCAUGUUUCUCAAUGUUGAAGUAACACGAAACUUAGCUGAAUUAUCAGCAAAAGAAAAUAUAUUCUUUAUUCUGAUUUCAAGUGACUAUGUAUUCGAUGGUAAGAAUCCGCCGUAUAAAGAAGAUGCUACGCCGAAUCCGUUGCAAGCAUACGGAAAGAGUAAAUAUGAAUCCGAAUUAGUAACACAAAAAGCGUCGAAGGAUCAUGUUAUUCUACGUGUUCCAUUGCUCUACGGUGAAGUUGAAACAUUGGAUGAGAAUUCGGUAACCAUUCUUUUCAAAAAUAUAAAGAAUACUACCGCUCGUGUAAAAAUGGAUGAUGUGCAAACUCGUUACCCUACGUAUGUUGGCGAUGUAGCUGAAGUUUGCUUUCAACUGUCUGAACAAAGAAUAAAACAGAAGCGAGCUGAAGUUCGUGGAAUCUUCCAUUUUUCUGGUUCAAAGAAAUACACGAAAUUUCAAAUGGCGCUUCUCAUUGCUUCGCUCUUUCAUUUACCAGUGGAUCAUAUCGAACGCGAUCAACCUAUCGUCUCUGGUGAAAGUGUCCCUCGACCUGAUAAUGCUGCAUUAGAUUCGACUAAGCUGGCAACUGAAUUCGGCAUUCAAAUUGAACAGGCUGACUUUGAGACAACACUUCGACGCUGUCUCGAGCCUUUUGUUUAA